UAUUGUAACUUGGGCAGAUCCAUAAGAAAGUAAGUGCCGGCUCUUUCAUCACCUCAUUUUUGUUGCUGCCAGAAGUUAACAUUGUUAGCUUAAUGUUCGUUCCGUUUGAAUGGCUUCAUUCCGAACUCAGCAACAGUUGUAGGUCCCUCUUGAGGGUGAAGCAGUUACAUGCAUUCCUUUUGAAGACCCAUCUCUCAGAAGAUCCUUUUUACGCAACAAAAAUUGUCAGGCAGUAUGCAGUCAACAGCGACAUCGAAUCGGCCCAUCACGUGUUCGACAAAACUUCCAACCGAAGUGUCUAUCUUUGGAAUUCCAUGAUUCGAGCUUUCGCGCAGUCCCAAAGAUUUUUCAGUACAAUCUCUCUGUUUAGAACCAUGCUUGGGGCUGACAUAAGUCCUGAUGGUCACACUUAUGCUUGUGUUAUACGUGCGUGUGCUGACAACUUUGAUUACGGUACGCUAAGGCGUUUUCAUGGAGGUGCUGUGGCUGCAGGAUUAGGAUUGGACCCUGUUUGUUGCAGUGCCCUUAUGACUGCUUAUUCAAAACUCGGCCUUGUUCAUGAAGCGCGUAGAGUGUUCAAUAGGAUCACCGAACCAGAUAUAGUUUUAUGGAAUUCGUUGAUUUCUGGCUAUGGGAGCUCUGGUCUUUGGGAUGUUGGGAUGCAGCUGUUUAGUGCGAUGAAACUUGUCGGGAAGAAGCCUGAUGGGUAUACCCUGGCUGGGUUGCUUGUGGGUGUUGUAGAUUCUGGGAUGCUGAGCAUUGGCCAAGGAUUACAUUGUUUAAGUCAAAAGAGUGGGCUUGAUUCUGACUCUCAUGUUAGUAGUUUGCUGGCUGGGGUGUAUGAGAAGGUGCUGUACCUUUUUAGGAAAUUAAACAUGGAAGACAGGAAGGCAGAUGCUGUCUUGGUUGCCAGUGUAUUGGCUUCUAUUGCUCGUACGACAAAUGUAGGACUUGGGUGCGAGGUACAUGGUUAUGCUCUUCGGCAUCGAUUGGAACUAGAUGUCAGGGUCUCCUCUGCUCUAAUAGAUAUGUAUUCAAAGUGUGGUUGCUUGCAGUUGGGAAUUAGUGUUUUCAGGAUAAUGCCAGUGCGGAAUGUUGUUUCUUAUAAUUCUGUAAUUUUGGGUUUUGGCUUGCAUGGAUAUGCUUCUGAGGCUUUUAAGGUAUUUGAUAAGAUGCUGGAGAAAGGAUUGGUACCUGAUGAAGCCACAUUCUCUUCUCUCCUUUCUACCUGUUGUCAUGCUGGCCUCGUCAAAGAUGGUCGGGAGAUUUUCCGGAGAAUGAAGGAGGAAUUUAGCAUCAGAGCUAGGGCUGAACACUAUGUUUACAUGGUGAAGCUCCUUGGCAGUUCUGGGGAGUUGGAAGAGGCUUACAGUCUGAUCCAGUCUUUACCAGAACCUGUAGACAAGGCCAUCCUGGGAGCCUUAUUAUCUUGCUGUAAUUCUUGCGGAAAUUCUGAGCUGGCAGAAACUGUAGCGCAGCAGCUUUUGGCAAAUAAUCCUGCCGAUAAUGUAUACAGGGUUAUGCUUUCUAAUAUAUAUGCGGGUGAUGGUAGGUGGGAUGAUGUUAAGAGAUUGAGGGAUAAAAUAACAGGAGGUAUGAGAAAAAUGCCCGGACUAAGCUGGAUCGAAAGCAGUUAGCCAGCUGCCGCGCUUGCCAGAAACAGAGAGGAUUCUCCAAAAGGUAUUAGAAUGUUAAACGUAAUUUUGUAUAUUUUUUGCUUCUUCUAUUUUUUUCUUUCUUUUAGGAAUGCAUAGAAUUGGACUUGAGAAUUGUCUUUUAAGAAAAAGCAAGGAAUUCUCAUCUAUAAAAUCACACAAUAAGGAGUUUCUUUAAGUCUAUGCCUGAUAGAAAACACAUAUUGAGAGUAACAUCAUUCAGUUUUUGUUUAUUUGACCAAAUUGAUUAGAAUAUCUGUAAUGAAAGUUUUCAUAAUAGAGUCCAAAGUAACCUUGCAUUAACAAAUCCAUGUAUUUACAGACUGGUGCGAACUCUUGUCUGAGUUAGAUUUGUUAAAUAAUGAUUAAAUUCUGAUCUCACUUAUUUUUCAAUUAUGCAUUUGUUCCGUUACUUUCAGGGCUGAUCUCACUCAAGUGGUGCCUAUAUGUUCUCUUGCUAUAUUUUCAAAUACUUCCUUUCUCAUGCUAUAUAUUUUCAUAUACAUGGUUCCUGGGGAUUUUGUUCUAUUCCAAGUCAGUUCAUGUAAAAAACAUACUUAUGUGACUAUGUGGUAGAGUAUGAUCUCCAACUUUUAUGUCUAACAUAAGAUUGAUGUUUUUUUCUUUAUACUCUACCCAUGGUUCCAAAGCUUAUCUCCACACCUCUAAAGUUCUAACUUUUCCAUUUAUUUCCUUUCUCAACAUUCCUACUAAGAUUACAUUAUUUAUAAGAAGCAUGCCAUUGACUCCUAGAUAUACUCUGUUGGCACAUCUACAAACAAGCCUCAGGGCAAAAAAAUUAGGGCUCAAAUUGAUCACUGCCUCCAGGGAACAUCUUGGUUGAUAGAAGUGGGAUCAGAUUAAGACCAAGAAACAGUAGCCAAAAAGAAGAAGGUCUGUAUUGGUACUUAUAAGAACUUCCUCAAACAGAACUGUUCUCACUUGAAUUGCUUUAAGGUAUUUCAAGGAACCUUAAACUUCCACACAAAACCAUACAGUUAUAUUCUCACCUCAACAAUUACUAAUAACUUCCUUUAAUUGUAGUCUUUGACAGCUGCCCCCGUUAAUUCUUACACGUUAUAAUUUUUCUUAUUCUUUCUCUGAUAAUAGUUGGUUAUCUUGUUCUAUCAAGAUAUUAUCUUAUCAACUGCAUUCCUUUACUAGUUCAUCACAGGUUUCGUAAACUAUCUUGUAUUCCCAAUAGAAUUUUUACGCUUCUCUCCUUGUCUUUUAGUUUGACACGUUUUGGUCAUGACCUCAAACCUAGAAAUGAUAAACUCUACCAUCAAAUGUAUUGUUUGGGGUAUUCAAAUCUGUGAAAGGACUGUAAUUGUUUUUCUACAUCAACUUCAGAAACAUUUUAUCUUCUUGCGUUACCCUUUUCAACACCUGCCCCAUUUUUUUCAUUGUACUUGAAGCAACAUUUUACAGCAAAACAAAAUGGUAUUGCCAAAAAAUGAACUGAUACUUGGUCGAAAUUACUUGUACCUUACGUCACCAUUAUGUUCCUCUUCACUUUUGGGACGACGCAUUUGUCACAUGUCACAAUUUCUUCAUUUUUGGUGUCUGCAAUCAGGUUCCUACUCUAUCUUGUAUUGCAGAUAGACUAUUUACCUUGUUUCUCCCCUUAUAUUUAGUUUCACAAGUUUUGGCCAUGAUCUUAAAUUACAUAUUUUUAUACUUUCUAUCAAAUCUCUAGAAUGUAUUUUUUUGGGUGUUAUUCAUGUCUCCAAAAGUGUUAUCAUAGUUUUUAUUUUAUUUUUACCUCAACUUCAACUAUAUAUUGUCUUUACUGAGUUACUAUUUUUUUGAGACCUUCCCCCUCUCCUUCACUAUAUCUGAUGUGAUAUUGACUACAAAACCUUUGUAUAUUUGACCUAUUGUUUUUGCUCCACCUCCAUUGAUUACUUACUAACAACGGAAACUCACUCCAGUAAGAUUCCACCUACUUGUCUCUUGUUUGGAUUUUGUGUCUAUUCUUAAGUUUACAUAUGAAGCCACAACUAAACCGAAUUGGUGCUAGGCAAUGUUGGAUGGUAUGAGAGCUUUACACUCCAAUGGCAUUUGGAUACUUGUUCCCUUAACUCCUGACAAGACUAGUAAAUAGCUUGUGGUUAAUACAGUAAAGAUGGGAUCAAAUGCUCGUGUUGACAGUUUUAAAACUCACUUGAUGACCAAAGGUUAUAUACAAAAUUUUGGUCUGGAUUAUGUGAACACCCUUUUCUUCAGUGAUGAAUAUGACUUCUGUUUAUCUCUUUCUUGCCAUGACUACCCUAGAAUGACUUCUACACUAGUUAGAUACUAAAUAUGCCUUGUUACAUGGUAAGUUGCAUGAAAUUUAUAUGUAUCAGUAUCCACGUUUUAGUGUUUUUGGUGAGUCUUGUCUUGUAUGUUGGCUUUGUCGUUUUCCCAGAGGAUUGAAGUGGUCUCAUCAUGACUAGUAGUUUGGCUGUUUUAUUUCCGCGAUAAUACAUUUCACCAUAACUCGGUGAAAGUUGAUCACUCUAUUUUCUCCUUUCAUUGCGGUGCAUUUAUUUUGUCAUCUAUGUUGAUGCCAUCAUCACUAGUAAUGACAUAAUAAAGACUCAAAACUCACCUCUUCAUUUAGUUUUAAACAAAAGACUUGGGACCCUCAAAUACUUGUCAGGGAUAGAAAUUGUCCAAUGCUUUUCUUAUACUGCAUUACCCAAUAAAAUGUGCUUUGAUAUUGUGAGACUGAUAUUCUUGAUUGCCAUCUGAGUUAUACUCUAAUGGUUCCCAAUGUGAAGCUUCAACUAAGUUAAAGGGGCCGUUUCGUGGGAAAACUCAACCAUCUCAUUGUCAUCAUACCUCACAUCACCUUUAUAGUUAGUGGUAAGUCAAUUUUCCACUUGUGAUAGUCAGUUAGAUGUUAUCACACAUAUUGUUUGGUACAUAAAUGAUGACUAAUAUAUAAGAAAAUAAAGGAAAUGCCAAAAUUACUUGUUACUCUAAUAUGAUUUUGGCAGGAUCAUCAUCAAACAAGAGACCCACCUCUAGGUAAUGUGGUCUUAUGAGAGGAAAUUUCGUUUAAUUGAGGAGAAAGAAGCAUGACAUAUUUUAGAUUAAAAAUUGUGCUAUGGUAUCGGUUGCAUGCAGGUACGUGGCUAAAUUAGGAGACAUUCAAUAUAUGAAACUUAUAUUUGACAAUCAAGUUGUAUUUCACAUUACAUCAAAUCCAAUCUUUCUUGAUCGGGCCAAAUACAGAUAGAUUGCUACUUUGUAAGAAAAAAUCUGUUUUAAGAGGAAACUAUAAGUGACUUUGUCAACUCUAAUGACUGGUUGACCGACAUUCUCAGCAAGUUCUUGGAAGCUUUCAUCUUGAUUACAUUUUAGCAAGUCAUGACAUUGUGCUUCAAACUGGAGGGAAGUGUUAUAUAUGAAAAUAAUUAUCCCCAUAAAUAAGUGUUGUUGUUACAACAAUUUAGGAGUUUAAUUUAUGCUUUUGUAUUUGUGA